GUCUUCUACCAGCGUCCAGAUCUCCUCCUUUUCUAUUCAGGCGCAAACCACGUUGCUUUCGACGGAUCCUUCGCAAUUGCCAUCACCAUCAUCACACCUUAUUCACCUCCACUGCCAAGAUGUACAUCACAACACCCAUGAGCAUCUCCAUGUCUCGGCGAUUGCCCGCGCACGCCUACUUAUACGAUAACCCCGAUGAUGAACAGACCCCAACCGAGGGAACGCUGACCCGGACCAUCAAGCACUCGAACGUUUUCUAUCGCCUUGCGACAUCGAUCAAGUAUGCUCUCAUGGCAUUUCGUAGCAACUACAUCGUUUGCUACUUCUGCAACGUCAAAUCUUCCACCAAAUUUCACAGUGGAAUAACUUCAUUCGUCUGUCCCUGCUGCGACGCAGAAAAUUUCUUGGAUGAGGUGAGUACCGCUACUCGUUCAUUUCGCAGAUUGCAGACACUGACAUGGCCACGCGCAAUAGAACGGAGACAUUACCGAUCCUCCAGUCUCCCUCGUUAGCGACAACAAUGGAAGCGCAAAUCUGCGCCGCCGUCCCUUGACUGUCCCUCGACUGGACUUUGAAAUCGAAGCCCCAUCUACCAAUACCUUCAGCUUCUGCAAGCAAUGUAGCAACGAGCAGCGUCUCAAGGUCGCAGCCAUCGCCGGUUUCGAAGGCACCUCGGAGGCUGCGCGAGAGGAGUUCGUUCGCAACACCGAACUUCGAUACCCUGGAAUUUGCGAGAAAUGCCGACCGGGCGCCAACGAAGCUCUGAAGCUCUCGUACAAGACUGCCAAACAAGACUUCUUUGGUCAAGUUUUGAGGAAGAGCAGAGCGGAGAAACUGAAUCGUCAACAUACCACUAUCACUGCCAGCAUUGGACGCCUAAUAUGGAUCACCGCCAUCAUCGCUCGCAUCCUCUUGAGCAUCUGCAGCAUCGUUAUCGCUGCCCCUCCCCGUAUUCUCAACAACACCAUCAACACCGCAGUUGACAUGGUUGCAACCGACUCAAUUGUUUGCCUCAUCUUGACCUUGUCCUCCGCCUUCUGGAAUCCAAAGUACAAUGGAUCUCAACCUCUUACUUCACACCUCACCCGGUACACAAAAUGGUAUUUCUUCCAGAUUUUGACAUGCGCGAUUAAUGCAAUCACCUUACUUUAUGUAAACCCGCUUGUCUUCGGAUUAAAUAUUGCCGUGGUUACUAUGAGCUUCCACGUUUCCUUGAUUAUAUUUUACGUUUUGGUAUGGACUUCUUUCUCCAGUUCGUUGCCUCUUCUAAUUAUUUCCAGAUUGCAAAGAUGGCUCUGGAUUCGAUAGAGUCUGCCACACGAAAAACGCCCAAUUGGCGCAACAUUCCACUUAUUGACCCCACGGUACCACGACCUCAACCAAAGGGUCCUGACACAAUGUUUUCCGCCUUGAUUGAUAUAGCGGCGGGUCCAUCUGUCAAUCAAAAUUCUCUAGAAGACUCCAGUAUGGACUGGACUCCCACAGUCCCGAAAACUCCUACUGCACCUGCACCUAGAAAAAUAGCAGCUGAUUUCCAGCUUGCACCACCAAGAUUCUUCGCACCCCAACCACAAGAAAAGGAUGUCGAUGAUGUUGUAGCGUUAUUUGAGAAGAACCUAUCGGUCUCCUCCACUGAUCAUAGAUACAAGAGGUUUACUGUGACGAAAUUUGUGUUGAUUUCGACUGCAACUUUGAUUUUUUGCAUCGGGGUUUGGUUCAGUUUGUGACCUUCGACGCGAUAAUAUCAUGCUUUUUCUGGUUAUUUCGCAUUUUGACACGACGUUGUCAAUCGGACGGGGGGCAUUCAUCGGGGUAUACCCAAAGGAGUUUGGAAAUUGUUUUGUACGGCACUGAAGCGUCAAUUGUCUUGGAAAAGAAUAUUUUGCAUUCGGGAAAAGGCGUUCGAGGGAGUGAUUUGUACAAAUUGAAAGAAGACGGGCGGGAAAUGAACAUGUCACUAGAAGUUGUAUGAGUAGACAGUGCAAUUGUACAUAGACUUUAAUGGGAUGGCCAAAGGUCCUUUGAAUAUUCA